UUCUGUACCACAUCUGCAGCCUUCUCCCAACACUCAAUUUCACCGAAUAUGACGAUGGGUGCCCAAAUAUUAAACCAAGUCAGCAGCGACGAAGAAGAAGACUGUAGUUACGUCAAGCAGCGACGCUCCAAAGUGGCCAAGUCGCGAUCCUCGAAGGGCUUCCCCGUGUCAUACGGCGGCUACAAGGACUACGCCAAGCUCUCUACCGACCAGGCGAAGCAGAUCAUCCAAUCUCCCAAAAGUAAACGCCGUGGACCGCGGGGCGGUGUUGCGUUGCCCUUCCCCGUCAAACUGUCAGUCAUGCUUGACCAUGUAAAAGCCGCAGGAUUGGACGACGUUAUUUCUUGGGCCAGUCAUGGCCGCUGUUUUAGCAUUCACAACCCAGACCGAUUCGUUGACGACGUAUUACCAAGAUAUGACUUUCGCCAAAGCAAGCUUACUUCGUUUCAACGUCAGUUGAACUUGUACGGUUUCAUGCGUCUAUCUGCGGGUCCCGAUCGUGGCGCGUACUACCAUGAAUUCCUCCUGCGAGGACGACCUGAAAUGAGCAAGUUCAUGCUUCGAGUCCGAGUCAAGACCAACGGUAUCCGACAUUCGACACCCUCUCCGAAUAGUAACGAGCCGAAUUUUUAUCAAAUGCCGCCUUGUGAUGAGCCUGAAGUUGGACCUCGUACACACGACGAAAAAGAUUUUCCCCCAAUGGUAGAGACAAAAUUUCCUCACACGCAUUGUGGAAGUGACAAAGAAGUGAAGCAAGCCAUCGAAUUGCUGGAACCUCACCACAUUUUUCCACCUUAUCCGGUAAAAAGUACGAAUACAAUUCAUGCAAGUACGACACAUUCGCCGUCCACAACGCAAGGAUGUCCCGUUGAGUCAGUCCGCCAUUGUCUUUCCGAUCAGUCUUUGCUGUUAUUGGUAUCUCCUUUGGCUUGCCCCCCAGUUCUCGUGAAUUCAAUGGCUACUACGCAAAAUUCUGCUAAUUUUUCUCAAAGAUACCUCAAACCGAUAAAGGAUACCAAAACAACAAGCGAAUCGCCCAAGAUUUGUUUCUUUGAAGGCCUACAAUUCACUCCUGUGGAUUUGGAAUCUCCACUAUCCAACCAAGAAGCCUACAGCGAAUUGUGGGAAAUGGAUGCUUUUGACGACACUCCGAUUGAAGUUAUUUGGUAAUCUUUUGAUCGGUUUUCUGUUUUGCAACGUGCAGAAUAGGGCACCCUCCGCCAUUUUGACAUUGUCUACUUUAUUUUACGCCGACUGCACGAUCGCUCGCCUGCCCGCCCGCCAGAAAUUUUACUAUAUGCAAUUACAUAAAACGUGUACAUUGUUCC